CAGAUGUUCCUUGUGGCCCUAUCGUUUGCCUACUUUGCCAAGGCCUUGUCUGGCAGCUACAUGAAGAGCACAAUAACCCAGCUGGAGAGGCGCUUUGACAUCCCCAGUUACCUAACAGGCGUCAUCGAUGGGAGCUUUGAGAUAGGUAACCUGUUGGUGAUAGCAUUCGUGAGUUACUUUGGUGCAAAGCUGCAUCGGCCCAAGAUCAUUGCAAUGGGCUGUGUACUGAUGGCAGUGGGAACAUUCAUCAUCGCUCUGCCACACUUCCUCAUCGGACGCUAUAAGUUCGAAACAUCAAUCCGAUCGUCAGUGAAUUCAACCAAUUCAACCAACCUCUCUCCAUGUCCAGCGCGCCUGUUGUCACCCUCCUCGCAAGCUUCGGUAGGUUGUGAAGGAGAGUCCAACCUCUCCAUGUGGAUCUAUGUGUUCCUUGGGAACGUCUUACGAGGGAUCGGGGAGACGCCAGUGCAGCCCCUUGGGAUCUCGUAUAUAGAUGAUUUCGCCAGGGAGGAAAAUGCUGCAUUUUACAUUGGCUGCGUUCAGACCAUAGCAGUCAUUGGUCCUGUGUUUGGCUAUUUACUGGGAUCCCUGUGUGCCAAAAUAUAUGUGGACAUUGGAUUUGUCAACAUGGAGAGUAUCACCAUAAGCCCUGGUGAUGCUCGCUGGGUGGGGGCCUGGUGGUUAGGUUACCUUAUAGCUGGGGUAAUCACCCUGCUUUCAGCCAUCCCCUUCUGGUUCCUGCCCCGUUCCCUGCCCAUCCCGUCAGACCGAAUCCCAGCCCAGUGCACCCCGGAGCGGACUAGCUUCAUCAAAGACUCCCCUCUCCUGGAGCAUAAGUACCAAGCCGACGAGCCAGCUGGCUUUCUGGAGAUGGCCAAAGAUUUCAUACCAACGUUGAAAACCCUCCUGGGGAACCCAGUGUACUUCAUCUACCUGUGUGUGACCAUCAUUCAGCUGAACUCUCUAAUCGGCAUGGUAACCUACAAGCCCAAGUACAUAGAGCAACAUUACGGACAGUCAGCAUCAAAAGCCAAUUUCCUGAUGGGUACAAUCAACAUCCCUGCCGUGGCGUUGGGAAUUUUCACUGGUGGCCUGCUCAUGAAGAGGCUGAAGCUGAGCAUCAUGGGAGCAGCCAAGUUUGCGUUCGGCACCUCUCUGAUAGGCUACUUCCUAUCCCUCUUCUUCUUCGUCAUGAGCUGCGAGAACGCCAAAGUGGCUGGGAUCACGCUGCCCUACAACAGGGUGGGUGGUGUAUCGUAUGAGGAGCGCUCAGUAUUCUCAGCCUGUAACGCAGACUGUGUUUGUUCAGGCAGAGACUGGGACCCUGUCUGUGGAGAGAACGGCAUCACGUACGUCUCUCCCUGCCUGGCUGGCUGCCAGACCUCCACAGGAUCAGGGAAGAACACGGUGUUCUCUAACUGUAGCUGUGUGGUGGUAGCAGGGCUGAGCAGUGGUAACCUGACAGCCAGUGUAGGCCACUGUCCUCACAGAGACGACUGUGACCGUGUCUUCCCUUACUUCCUGGCUCUUUCUGUCAUCACUUCCUUUAUCAUCUCACUGGGUGGCACGCCAGGCUACAUGGUCCUCAUCAGGUGUAUCAAGCCUCAACUCAAGUCCUUAGCUCUGGGGUUCCAUACUCUGUCCACACGUACACUUGCGGGCAUCCCAGCGCCCAUCUACUUUGGGGCGAUCAUCGACACCACGUGUCUGAAGUGGGGCCAGAAGAGAUGCGGAGGGAGAGGAGCCUGUCGUAUAUACAACACUACAGCAUACAGGAUAGCUUACCUGGGUCUGACUAUGGGCCUGAGGACAGUUUCCUUCCUGCUGUGUAUACUGGGAUUCGUGCUGCUCAAACAACACCUGCGGAGAGAGGAACGCAGCGCCCACCAAGAGGCCAAUGGCGGAGCAGAACUGGAGGCACUCAGGAAAGAGGAGGUCCUAGCCUCCAACUCGGACCAAUCGCUACAGACUUCCACAACAGACUACAACAACACAGAGAGAGAGACACGGCUGUGACAGUCUGAGACAAUCUCCCCUGAUCCCUCACGUUACACACAGACACACACAAACACUAGAUUUGCAGGAACCAACAACGGGCUGUGCCUGACCAUCUCAUCUCAUAGAACAUAAAUUAUGUAUUUGUACUGGACCUG